UAAAAUGAAAGCAGAAGCGGCAAAGUGAUUCAAGACUUGUACACCAAAGCAAAACACACACACACACACACACACACAAGACAGAAUCUGUAUAGUGACUUAGAAAGGACAAAGACAGUGAAAAGAAUCACAUGGUAGUGAGAGCUUGCCUAGUUCAAGGUGGGUAAGGAGAAAGUAAAUAGACGAAACUGGUUCAGCAGGUAAACCGGCAUUAAACGACUGUUGUGGACUGCUAGCACGCUCAAGUGAUGUGGUAAAUAUUUAAUCAAACCGAAGAUUUCCAACAUUCUCAAGCUACAAAUCGGAGACACGAGAGAAAGUUUGCACUGUGGUGACACAAUGGCAUCCUCCAGGAAAACCUGGGCGUUCUCCUCUGUGCGUUCAAAGACUAGAGCGCCACUGGAUGAAGGGGAAAAUUAUUUCAGAAGAAGAUUGUUUUCUUCUUUUAGAAGUGAUCGACGUGAACAAAGAUCUCAAGGAGAGGAAGAUGACACAGAUAAGAGAAGAACUCUCUCGGAUACAGAAAUUGAGACCAACAAAGGUGUCCUUCUUCCAGGUGAAGAUCAACCAGACAUGGGAGCCAUGAAGAGGUUCAGUACCCUAUUUUCAUCCUUCCGGGGGAAAAUCAGCAAAGACAGAACUGGUAAGGAACCAGAUCUGCCUGCUAGCACAGAGCUCUCUAACGUGGAAGAAAAGGCAAAGGAGCAGCGAUACGCUAGCGGGCAGUUUUUCUUCGAAUAUCUGGUGGUGGUUCGGCCUAAAAAGACCAAAGAUGGGAUAUAUGAGCCACAGAUCAUCUAUCAGUUCCCUAAGAAGGAUGGAAUGGUGCGAUUUCAGAAGGAGGAGGAAGAGAAGACAUUAAAGGCGCUCACACUCUUUUGCUUCCCAGAGGGUGUAAACUGGGCGCCCUUAACAGAAUAUCCCAGUGAAACAUUCUCUUUCGUGCUUACAGAUGUAGAUGGAACGAGGAAGAAUGGAUACUGUAGGAGGCUACUGCCUGAUGGGAAGGGGGCUCGUCUGCCUGAGGCCUACUGCAUCAUCAGUAAUUUAGCCUGUUUUGGACUCUUUUCCAAGAUCUUUGAUGAGGUGGAACAGCGAAGAAAAAUCUCAAUGGCAAUGAUUUACCCAUUUAUGCAGAGCCUGAGGGAAUCUGCGUUUCCUGCCCCUGGACACACUGUUAAUAUCAAAAGUUUUAUUCCAGAAAGAGGCACUGAGAUCAUCAGUUUGACUCGUCCGACAGACUCCUGGCUGGAGCAUGUAGAUUUCCGCACAUUGUUCAAAUGCCUUUCAGAUGAGGAGGUGCUCCAGGUGUUUGCUGCUACUGUGCUAGAGCGGAGGAUCAUCUUCAUCGCUGACGAGCUUGGGACGUUGUCUCAGGUGAUCCACGCAGUGACUGUUCUCCUGUAUCCAUUCAUCUGGCAGCACACGCUCAUUUCCAUUGUUCCCGAAAUCCUAAUCGACGUCGUCAUGGCACCCACACCAUACCUGCUGGGUGUCCAGAAAAGUUUUGCAGAUCAGGCCACUGACCAGACCGAGCUGCUUGUUGUUGACUUGUCAGAAGGCAGGAAGGAGACAUUUAUCAAG